CCCCUCCCGGUGUUAUUUAUUCAAUUUCCUAUCUGCACGAGCGCUGAAAAGUUGCUCUCAUCAAAAACAAAAAUCUAUCCGAAAAAGCGACUUUCAAUUAAUUAAAAUGACCUUUUACCACUUCGUGAACUGCGUAGCCCUUGUCUACGUGCCCUACCACUUCACCUACAAACUUUCCGGACUGUCGGAAUACGGUGCGUUUUGGAAAUGUUUUCAAGCGGCGCAGCACUAUGUUUUCACGCAGCUUUUCAAAAUGAUCAUCGUGGCCACCUUUUUCCCAGAGUACGACUCGGAUCUUAAAGGAGAAGGCGAAGAUGCUUUUUCGGAGUGGUUGAAGGCUUCGGUGGAUCUCGCUGACCUUGCAGGGCUCUACUUGGUCUUGAUGAAGAUCCCAGGCAAAGGUCACAACAAGAUCUUGACCGCUGCGGUUGGUUGGGGAGGCGCUGAAAUGGUCCUCUCGCACUUCUACUCGCUCUGGUUUGGCGCCCGAGGUGCCGAGUUUGACUGGAAGUACAUCCAAGGAUGCCUCGACUCCAACAUCAGCCUGGUCCAACACAUCUCAACAGCCGCUCUGGUGUGGCUCUGGUCGCGCCACGAUCUGAAGAAGACCUUGAUGCCUGUUGUGUACUUCCUCCUCUUGGCCGCCGUCUUCAAGCCGGUGCUCUUCAACACCCUGCUUGUCUCACUUGGCUAUGGCCCUUGGCUGCGACUGGCACUCAAGGCUACAACUACAGGAUUCCUCGGCCUCGUCACUCUUUACAUCUACAGCGGACUUGCCAAAGCCAUAGGAGUCUACUAAUGGAGGGUUGCAUAGUCUAGUGUUAUUCCUCUCAUGCAGAAGUAAAAGGCCAUGCAACCAAUAAUCAACCAACCACCAAAUGUUGAGACUAUUUCUACAGAAGUUUUUGUAAUUUUGUUGAAUGAAUGUGUAAUUUGAUUGACAAAUUAUCGAAUGAUUUUAUUUAGUUAUAAAUUUUUCGUACAACCAACAACUUGUAACAACUGAAUAAACUUGCAUAAUAGGAAAGAGAGAUUUUCAACUGAUAGGUAUUGGAUGCAACUGCAAUGAAGCCGUGAAAAGAAAAAGGAAAUACCUGUAAACUCAUGCCCU